UAGUAUUUCAGACCGUUAUCACACCCCACAAUUUAAGUUGAUUGAAAGCAUCUCGAGCCUAGACAUGAAGCUGCUUCUAAUUUUGGUGCUGGCAGUUGUUGCCGUGGUGGCAAUUGCUCUUCCCGAUCCCUACGGUCAUCACCAUCACCACAAUGGAACUCGUUCGAUCCGUGAACGCUUCAACAGAACAAGUCCCUGGCAGCGCUACAACGGAACUCUUUGGACCCGUGAACGUUUCAAUGGUACCGACGGAGCAGCAUGGAUUCCUCGCCCGAGGAUUCCAAUUCCGGUGCGCAACCGGACGUUCGCAAUCCCAAGUCAGCCCAUUCCGAUCCAGUCCAAUGGAGAUAAUGGCUUUUUCUGAAUGUGGUUUGUGACGAUUUUUCCUUAAAUAAAUUGAUUUUUGAUGCACUUGAACAAUAUUGGGACAAAUAUUUUGUGAAACAUAAGCUCGAAUGUUUCGUUGAUUUAGAGAGAAAUAUAGUUUUUUUU